UAUUCGCUGAUGCAGAUGGGACAUGAUGUAAUAUUAUGGGAGAUAGGUAGCUUGAAUAGUUGGUCAAUAUGGUGUCACAUUACGAGUUUUUGAGCCGAAUUCUUUUUAGACAGUGCUCCAAGGAAAUCCUUAAGUUCAGCAGGUGGUUAAUGAAAGAAGGCCUGAUUCGAAAAUCAAUGAAAUGUCCCUGCUCUCAUCUUAUGAGGUUGAAACUACGAAAUGGCAAAAAUGAGCCAAUAUGGAUAUGCAGAGAUUCAUGUCACAAAGGAAAAUCCUUUGCAAAGUCCAUCCGACAUGGCUCCAUGUUUGAGAACUCUCAUAUUUCACUUCAAAUGUGGAUGCAUUUCAUUUAUAGAUUUGCCCAAGGUCUUCGACUGCGACAAGUGGACAUGCUACAGGAGGGGAUUACUCGGAGCUCUGCAACUCUGAGUAAACUGGCAGACAAGCUGAGAAGAGUUUGUAAAUCUGCAAUGAAAAGAAUGAGAAAAAGAGGCAAGCAGACGAUUGGAAGAAGAAGAGAAAUUGUUCUGAUAGAUGAAAGCAAAUUUGGCCAUAAAAGAAAGUACAACAGAGGACGAGCAAACAACAGAAGCACCUGGGUAUUCGGAAUGCUAGGCAUCAAGGUUGAGAGGAGGAGACCUAUUUUUAAAAUUGUGCAUUGUCGUUCAGCCAGAAAUCUCAUGCCACUCAUAAAGAAGCACAUUCGCCAGGGAAGCUCAGUCAUUUCAGAUGGAUGGAGGUCUUACAGAAAUCUUCAGAAUGAAGGUUAUGACCACAGGAUUGUCAACCAUAAAGAACAUUUUGUUGACCCUGUUACAGGUGCACAUACACAGAACCUGGAGAGACUUUGGGGUGUUUGUAAGUCAACUAUUUGGAGACUAAGGGGAAACCGCACACAAAACAUGUUGAAAGACCAUUUGGAUGUAAUUGAGUGGACCUACUGGCGUGGGAACAAUCACAGAAAUGGACCACUUGGAAUGCUUUUGCAUGACAUCAAGAAAAAAUAUACUAUGCCUACAUGAAAUGUACUUGCAUAUACUGUAGAUAGAUAAACAAGUUUUAUUUAUUUUCAGUUAAAGACUAAGACCCUGAAAAAAAGACUUCUUUCGCUGAUGAAAUAUUCAGUUUUCAACUUUCAGUUUACGUAUGUUAUGUUGGAAGUACUGUAUGAAAAUUUGGAAAUAUGUAUGUAAUUAAAAACAUGAAGUUCAUAA